AUGACUGGACAUGGAUCAACUGGAGUGAUGGUCGACACGUACCUUCAACAAAGAUUGAUCGCCAGUCAGAUACCUGAAUCAAUCACAACGAUCAUGUUGAGCACAUUUUAUAAUUGGGACUUUAGACCAGGUGAUAUACCUGAUCAUAUUACAAAGAUAUGGAUAGCAGAAAAGGGCUUAGUCCAUGGUGGAUCAUUCAAUCGACCUCUGGUCAUUGGCUCCCUGCCUCAUUCAAUCACAUCUCUAUAUCUUGGAGAGGAGUUCAAUCAAACGCUCGAGCCGCACGUGCUCCCACACUCACUCAAAGAGCUAAAGCUCGGCAAGAAAUUCAACAUGCAGUUCAAAGUUGGGUCACUACCUAGCUCAUUGGCCAAGUUGGACUUGGGUGGCUUCGACCAUCAACUCAUUCCAGGCAUACUGCCCUCAUCGUUGACAGACCUGACCUUCAACUUUUACUCUCAACACAUCCAGGCAGACAUACUUCCAACAUCAUUGAUUACAUUUAGAGUCGGGGACUCCUUCAACGAGAACAUUGAUGUUGGGGUACUGCCACCAUUCCUCAGAAGUCUCACCUUUGGUUUCAGAUUCGACACUAGUCUCUCUACAGGCGCACUCCCAGACUCCUUGACUGAGCUAAAGUUUGGGUUUCAGUUCAAUCGACCUCUCACUAUUGGAUUGCUACCUAGUUCAAUCAUCUCGUUGGACUUGGGCUUUAGCUUCAAUCAACCGUUGAUAGGAGGCGUGUUGCCGACUACUCUUCUAUCAUUGAUACUCAGCCCAAACCUCAAUCAACCUUUGCAUCCAUUCGCGCUGCCAUCAUCACUCAAACAUAUUCAAAUUGGUUGUUCAUUCGAUCCAAAGUUGAAUCGUGAUAAGAACUUAAUACCAGACUCACUGGCAUCAAUAACAUUUCACAACAGUACAUUCAAGAACAUGCCCAACAACAUGUUUAGUCAUUCAAUACCUGAACAUUGGAAUACCACAAUUGAUCAUUCGUGGUGUCCACAACAAUCCCAAGGCAGUGAUUGGAAUUGUUCGUCGACUUGA